UCGGCAUCUGCAGCAAGAAAGAGAUUGUUCACACGGUUAUUCGCUUCGCCUGCAAUAGAGGAUAUAUCCAGCUGGCCGCGCUUGAGGGCUCGAGGAGGAUCAGCUUUAUCCAUCCUCUCUUCUCAAUCUACUGCCGCAUUACCCUCCGGGGUCUCAUCCGGAGCUCUCAAGCCGCCGGGGACAGCCCGACGGGCGGCGAAGUUAUAGCUUCUGCUCCGGAGCAUCUCUCUGACCUUGGGCCCUCAAAGCUCAGUUCGGGACCGUUUCUUUCCGCCUUGGGACUUUAUGCAGCCAUAACAACUCCCAUUAAAGUGCCCGCCGAAGCCCACGCCAAAUUGAAGGUUUUAACCUGGUAUUUGGAAAGUGUCGAUUACCAACUCGCCUUUCAGCUCGCUUGUCCUGAUGGUGCGACGGACAAUAUGACUCCCUUUCGGGUUCAGCCGGAUCCCAAAGCUCAUCAUUUCCUCAACACGUUGACCUGCAUGCGCCUUUGCGUCGACAACGCGAAAUACCUCCCACCCGAGGAAUCAUGGCCGCUCGACCACUUUUUCAAGAUUGCACCACUUAUCAUGUCCGCUGCGACAUCGGUAGAGGCUAGCCUAUUUGCCGAGCAAUUCGAGACACUGCUUGCUGAACUUGGUUCCGAUGAGAGCCUCCUCGAGUCGUCCCCUUACGUUCGAGUCUUCUUUAUGAUUACGACCAUCAACGUUGGAUUGCUACGCAAGCUUCAUGCCAACGACAGUGCGGGCCGGUGGCGUGAUUUUGCGAAGCGUGCGCGUCGGCUCUGCGAGUCGGCUUCCCUGUCACCGCUCUUUCAUAACAUGGUCGCCGGGUGUCUCGUGGCCCUAACUUCGGACUUUCAAGGCGGAUUGGAGCCUCUCACCGAGUUUCUACCAUAUUUGAUUCAGGUUGCGGAGACUCCGCGACCAAACCUCGGUCAAGAUGAUCGUUUCUCGGACAAAAUUUCACGCGGUCUAUCCCAGAGUACGGAAGAAGCUCGAAUUGCUCGACAGCGGAUCACCGCCGCUCCAGCUGUCCUAAGUCAACCCCCCGACCCAGCCAUUGUUCGACACGUCCGCGACUUGGCCCGCCAUCUGGAGACCAAGCCGCUCAGAGAUGGAGUCGAGAGAUUAGGUGACCAUCAACCUGAACAUGAAGCCCAUGGCAAAGCGGAGUCUGACAUAGUGAUGGACUUCCUGGCCCGCUGCUGGGAACAACCUGGGGACGGGGCUCGUUUGUCGGCCCAACUCUUCCUUCCGCGUUCUAUGACCGCUGCUCUUCGUGCUUCUGGCCCUGCGGACAUCAUGAAACGACUUGAUUCCCACCUGGGCCAGCUUAACGCCGCAGAAACUGCCAUGAACAGGGCUGAUUGGGACUCCUCACAAACCUUGCACUAUACCCUGUUCCGGAGCCACUUCAAGAAUGGCGACAUAAGGCAAGCUAGCGAGCAUCUUCGUCAGCUGAUAGUGGCGAUGGGCGGCAAGCCCGAGAGAAGGGAACUAGUGGAGCAUUUUGAGCGUUGUUUAAGGCUGAUAGAGCUUCACGACAUCUGCCUGGGAAUCAGCGCCGCUGACACCGACACCCUGGAGGAGACUUCAAACGUUGGGCCGGCUCUCCAAGAGAUGGAGCGUCUUGCGCAGGACUUUCCCGAUCCGGACUUGCGGGAGAUGUUACUACAGUCGGUGGCGUCCGCCCGCGCGGUGGCCCAGCUCAAACCCUCGUCACACCCGGAUGCGGACGGCUGGAAAGACAUUCGAAACGACUUGCAGAAACUGAAUGUUUCUGUCACCACCAAAGAAGACAUGAAGGGGGUCUUGCAUAAUUCGUCGACCGCGCGCAAGUCGUUCCAGACGUUAAAAGAGCGGUUGGACGAGGGCAAAACGCGGGAGGCGCUCGCCAGCCUUGACGAACUGGAGAAGCUGUGCAAAAAGGAACCUACCGCCAUGUUCAUCGUGGCCGGUGGACAGGCAACCCUUGACUGGUUUCGCGCUGAAAUGCAGAAGGAGCUGAAGGCUGAGGAGGACCGGGAACACGCUGUGAGGGCACUGGCGGAUGCUGAAUUACAGCAGCAGUUAAAGGAUGCGGAGGGCCGAGAGCGAGCUGUAAGGGAGGCGAGGGAGCAGUUAGCUGCACAGCAGCAAAGACUUAGGGAACAGAGGCUUAGGGAACAGAUGAUGGAGGGCUUGGGGACAGUGAUCGUUGUGGCGGGAUCCGUGUUGCUGUCGUUCGUGGUGGAUUGGAUUUGGCCACUGUGAACACUAUCUCGGGGAUGUAUCAUAUAAUCAUCCAUCCGUGCAAACAAACAUGUUAAUCCCGGUAAAUGAUACCUCGUUCACCCACGGGGCUACGCGCCAUAAUAUACCGGGCAGCAGACACCGCUCCUGUUUUUCACAGUUCUCGAGGGCGAACUCUU